UGGCGUGCGUGCGCUUGGUGCGCGCUUCGAGCUCCAAUCCAGCCCCGUUUUUCCGUGGCCUAUUGUGAACCAGUCACGUAUGCGAUGAACAACUUGAGCUGCAAUCCAGUGUUUUAGGUGUUACUUCGUUUUUGUCAAGACGUAACGGCGCAACAGAAAGACUCCAGAACAACGACGGCCAAAAGCAAAUUUCGGUUUUCUUUUUUCGUUGCACGCUCUUUUCCUUUCCCGUUUCGCUUCCGACUGAUCCGCGCCGAUCGUAAGGUUCCGUUGUUGCUAUCUGCCAGUUGUUGUUAUUGUUGUUUGUUGUUCCUCUUCUGUUGUGCUGCGAGAGUGCGUGCGUGCGACCGACCCGGCAACAACAUUUGCACGUAGCAAGAGGAAAGGUUAACUAUCCUACACUCAUCCAUACUAAAGCCAGACACACACAGCAUACGCACACUCAGGAAGAGGCUUUCACAUUCGAGCUAAUCUCUUCGUUUUCACUACAAUUUUUCCUUCUGAUAUUCCUCCGAGUGCAGCGAAGAAGAUGCUCGCCUGCGAAUGCCUGAAUGUGAUUAUCGAAACGGAAUCCACUGACUAUGCUGAGGUCAACGCAGAUCACCUACGGUUAAGCGAAGACGAAGCUAAAGAUAUCUUUUUUAAACAGAAAAUUUUACAAAUAGGCAAGCUCACGAAGAUCAACAAGGCGCAGGCCUGCCUGAUCAUCACCAGGGACAUUGGGUCCUGGCUAAUACACGAAUGCAUCAACUGCAACACCUGUACGCAUGCUGUCCACAGGGAGAAGGGCGCCGGUUUGGUCUUGGUUUCUUCCAAGCUAUUGGCGACGAGCGUUCUGGACGUGAGGAAGAGCAAACACUUCUCGCCGGUCUUUAACAUCGUGGUGAGGACGAACGAUGAGGAUCUCUCCGCAAGAAGCGACUAUCUGUCUAACGACAUGGAAAUGGUGGUAACCAGUCUUAAGCAGCAGCUGUCUGAAUGCAUUAACAAGAAAGUGACUGCGACCGAUGAGAGUGUCCGCAAAUUUACGGACCAACAGUACGCUGCUUUGGAUGAAUACAAAGAAGUAGCACAUAGAGAACAUAGAGCUUUAAGAAGGGUGAUUUUGAAUAGUAAACUUAAUAAUCCUGUAAGUACAAAAAUGGAAACGUCUGCACCGCUCAAUGCGACUUCCAAGUCUGCGAAAGUACCUGAAGAAAAUAAUUUUAAUUCGAGGCCCGCGGUUGCCGCCGCCAAAUCCCCGCUAUCCCCGGGAAUAACACCUAGAGGCAUCAUGCAAAGCCCUGAGAAGGUGUCAAUCCAUCGGCAGAUCAGCCAGAAGAACUCGCUGGACGCCGAAGGAUUGUUCCCCUUGGAGGACAUGGAAUAUUUGGACGACUACAGCAAUUACGAUUCGAAGCUCUCCGAUAACGAAGAAGACGUCGAUGAAGGUAUACCGAUCAAAGCUGGCAAAGCUAACCAAUACCAACUGAACCAGGCGAAAUCUCUUCCAAUGAAUAUCCCAGUAUUUCUAUCUCCCGCUAAUAACCAUUUGCACGAUGAGCCCGACGAUUUGAGGCCCGAGGAAUCCAUGGAUAUAGCGGCUAGUAUAAAGGCUCUCGCGAAAAGCGUCCACGGUGAUACAGUAUUCGGUGAUCUUCCUAGACCGAGGUGCAGAACAAAUAUUUAAGAAACAAGAAAACCAAAAGAAUAUGAAACAGAAAGAAAGAGAAGAAAAUAACAAAAUACAACCAAUACACUCUAUUUUUUCCUAGCUCUUCCCCCCCCCCCAAAAAAAACAAACAAACAAUCUUCAUUUGAUUUGCAAAACAAUAAGUAUUUUUCCCCUCAAUUAUUUUGUUUACAAUUCGCUGAGCUAACUCGAUGUGUGUGCGUGUUUUUUUUUUCUACUGAUUUUAUUAUUUUCUAUUACGUUUAUAAUUACCUACUUUUCUUUCCUUCUAAUGUGUAUCUGUAAUGCAUAAGAUAUGUUUCUUUUGAUCAUGAAUUCAUAUGGUGUAUUCAUAUAUAGAAAUAGAUUAUAUUUUUAUUAUGGUUUACGCGCGAUAGCAACGAGCGAUGAUUUUCCGAAAAUUUCUUUCUUUCGUUCAAUUUGAAGUGAUUUUCGUUCUGUUAUUAUUUUUUAUUAUGAUUAUUAGUUUUUUGCCUUUAUUGAUUAGAUGAAGAAACAAUAUAUGAUGCAUUAUACUCGUUUGGGUGUGUACAAUUAUUGAUAAUUAAGAGAGCGGAGAGAAGGAGAACAGAGAAAAGAUUAAAAUAAUGUUAUAGAUGUGAUGUUAAGUUUAAUACGUGAUGGAGGAAUAACGUUCUUUUUUUAUAUUAAAAAUAAAAAGAUUCCUCUACUAUAUUUUUGCUAUUAUGAGAUGCAGGCGGUGAAUGCUUUCGGUUUACAUUUUCUUCAUUUAUACAACGACUCGAAAAUUUUUACAUUUUUUGUCUUAAAGUCAGAUACCAAUAACUCAGUCUUUAUAUUUUUUUUCUAUGGAUUACUCAAAUAUACCAAAGCUACUAUUCCUGAUUGAUAAUAUAACCAGUUAUCUUGCAGCAUUCACUACGUUAAUAACUAUUUUACAUAUUAUAUAAGAUUUCUAAUAAAGCCACACUUUGAUUAUUCA